AUGUCUUCCUGGAAUUGCCAACCUGCGAGCCCAUUUGCCUCUGCCAAUCGCCCGGUUGAGUACUACUUCGACAAGCAAGGCAGACCGAUCAGGCCGUUACCAGCAGCUGCACCCCAUCGCUCCGACGCCAGCCACGAGCCGAAGAAGGCCCCGCCACCCAGCUACACGCAAGUCGCCCAGGCGAGCCCAUGCCAACCCGCGGCGAUUGGCGCGGCAAGGCAUAGCAGCAACUCCUCACCGAAGGCCCAAAAGGUCGCCACAGCCGGCCCUGCGACUCAGGACGCACUGCGCGCAAAGGAAAGAGGGCAUCAAACGACCACCGUCCCAGCCCCGUCGACGCGCACCACCGAUACCCCCCUUGACAGUCCAGCCACCAAGGUCUCGGCUUCCUCCGGAGAAGCCGAGGUCGACAAGGUCGGCGCAGGCGGUACUGCUCCCAAGAGGGCCGAGGAAAGCACGGCAAAGGAGUCUGGCCAUGUAAGCGUGGCCACCGAUGUGGUCAAGCCUGCUGCGCUGACCUACCCGGACUUCGAAGAAGGCGAUGCCUUCCAUCAUUCCAUCUGGCCGUCGCAAGAAACGUCCAUCGCGUUCGAGGAGCUUCCACGACUCAACUAUGCCUUCCCUACUCCUCUGGCAACGCAUCGCUACCGCUUCGCCUGCGACCCUCCGGCUGACGAGGAAGAGGAGGGCUGGGCGCGAUGCAGCUUCCACCGACAGAUUGUGCGGCAGGCGUCGGCGAAAGGCGUCAAUGUCGGAAGGCCGGCAAUCAUCUUCCCGACCACAUUCAACGAGGCCUACGUCGACAUCACGUACGGCGACCUCGAGUCGUGGACCGCAGGUCGUGACUUUGGUCUGACGUUUAACGACACCGCGUUGUGGCUCGUGUCGUCGUGUCGACCGCUCGGGCUUCGAACCACGGUGCUCAGCGUCGAUGGUCUGCCGCCAACGACCGACUUUGCGGCUUUCCUCAGGUGCUUCCAAUCGGCCCUCGGCACUUACCUGGCGGUCGACCGCAUCUGGGCCAAGUACGUGCGGUACUCUGACGGCAGCUGCGCCCUUGGCCGCAAGCUCACGAUCCUGGCGACGUACAAGGACAAGCACGACUUCCUCUCGCUGCCCGGCUGGCUGCUCUACCGUGGCUUCGAACACCGCCUGAGCUUCAUCGACCGGCCGGACCUCUGCUGCAGCUGUCGCCUCAGCCGCGAGCCGCACACCAAUGUCGACUGCAUCUGGCAGCGCUGCAGGCGCUGCGGCGAGCGUGGCCACAAAAGAGUCGAGUGCAAGGACGAGCGCCCGACCUUUUCGCUCCCAGAGCCGAAGCGGACGAGGCUGGCCAUCGAGGGCUCUGGAGGCGUAGCGCGAGCGGAGGGUGAAGGCGAACGGUCGUGA